AUGGCAGUGGAAAAGAGCUUCAAUUAGUUUUUGAAAUGCUUUUUAAAAACUAUCCUUGAAAUUAUGGAAGAUUAGCCAAAUUAUUCUGUUUCGAUUCAAAUUUAUUUGUUUCUCAUAAUAUGGCACUUUGUAUAAAUUACAGGCUAUUUAUAUUCAGACUAAAUGAGACCUAUUUAAGAUUAAUAUUAAAAGUUAGUUACUUUGAUUGAGUACAUAAGCACUGGUACUUACCUACUUUAUUACAAAGAGAACAACAAUUUAAUUAUAGUUAUAUUUUAUAUUAUGCAGGCAAUCAUGUAUUUCUACUUUAUUUACUUAGGAGCAAUUACUUAUAUGAAGCUAAAUAAUUCUUAGUUUCUUUCUUAACAAAAAGAAAAACUCUCUUCUAUUAACCACUUUCUUAACACUUUUUUUAUACUCUUUUAAUGGGUAUUCUUCAUACCUUAUUUUGAAAUUAACUCUGGAACUAUUAUAUGUGGUUAGUAGAAUUUUUUUGUUGACUAAAGAGAUUAUAAUAAUUGCUCAUUAUCUUUGGUACAAGUGAUAUUUAGUGUAAUAGGAAAUUUACUCUCUAUAAUAACGAGCUUAAUAAUAAUAUAUUUUUUUCGUAACUAUGAAUUUAACGAAAGAAAUAUGUUGAAAAGGAAGUUCCAUUCUCUUUUAAUUCCUUAGCUAUUUGUUUACUUUUUAGUGAUAUUUACUACAUUAACCAAUCCUCUAAGCUAUACUUUCAAAUAUAUUUUACUAUAAGUGCUAGUAAUUUCAAUGAUGUAUGAUCUUUUAUGCAAUUUACCAUUCAGAAACCCGAAAAUUAUAUAAGUUUAUGCUAUUUCUAUCAUUUUUUUUGAAAUGACAGCUAUAAUUUAUAGCUAUCUGAUGCUUUACACUAGCCAACAAGAUAAUGAAAUGUUUUAUUAAACUUUAAUAUUUGGAUCUCUUUGUUCUUCUGUUUUAUUAGUAUCGUGGUAUUACAGGUAUGAAGAUGUUAUGAAAAUAACUGAAAAAAAUUUUGAUAAAAUGUACAAGUUUUUAGGCUUUUAAUUAGAGGAAAUAUUUAGAUUAUCUUAGGUUGCAGAGAGUGAUAAAUUUUCAAGAUACAAGCUCUAAGAAAUUAUUUUAUUUCAUUAGUAGCAAUGCACUAAUUUAAUGUGUAAUUGCCAUGAUAUAAAUAUAUGCUAAUCAAGAAAAAGCAUAGAAAGUGAACAAAUUCUUAAAAUUAUAUAAAGUAUAUUUGAAUGGAGUUUAAAAUAGCAAAUUCUUUAAAAAGAUUAGAAAGAAUAUGAACAUUUAUCAUUAAAGUAUAUAUCGUUUAUAGCGAAAUACUAAAAUAAUUCAGUCAGCGCUUAUUAUCAGCUCUAGAAUCUAUUAAAAUAAGAAUAAAAAAAGAGUUUUUACUUUGAAUCUAUCUGUGAUAUUCUUUCAAAAAAUAUACAAUAAUUAAUAGAAGAGAGAAUACAAAGAGAAUCAAUUAUUAUUUAGGAUUUCUCAGGAGUCAACUUAAGAGAAUUGUUUUAAAGUUUUAGUAAGCAGGAUUAGUCAACAGAAACAUUAAUACCUCUACUUAUUAAAUUUAUAGAUGAUAAAAUUCACUUCUGGAAUUAAGUUAAAGAUCCUUCUUUGACACUUCAAAGUUUAAAUCAGCAAGUUUUAAUACUCAGUGAGAAGUGCUUGAAUAUAUCUUAAAUAUUUUAAAGUUACUUCACUAGUCUCAAUUUAUCUCAUUGGUCAUCAAAUGUUAUAGGAAUAAAACUAUAUUCAAUCUUUAAGGCGCUAGUUUAAAAUCAGUUAGGAGUUUCAAGAUAAUUUGAGUAGUAUGAAAGUGAGUUGUUAAAGAAAGACUCUGAUAAAAAUAUGGAAACGUUAACUAAUUUGAAUUUAAUUGAAGGUAACAUUUUAUUCAUCUUAGUUAGCAUGUCAACCAAAAGAGGGAAAAUUAUCAAUACUAAAAAGGAUAAAAUUUUGAAUUUUUUUGGGUAUGAUAUGAAUGAUGAAAGCUUAAUUGAAAAUAUCAAUCAAUUGAUGCCUAAUAUGUUUUCUAAAAUUCACAACUAAUUAAUGUCUAAUCUAAUUUUAAAUGGAUAUUCUGUUUUAUUUAACGGAAAUAGAUUAGUUUUUGGUUUGAAUAAAAAAGGAUUUAUUUUUCCUUUGAAGCUUCAAAUCGACUAUUUAAGUAAUUAUUAGAGUGAUUUUGUACUAAAUGGAUGCUUCUUAAAGCAUGAAACAUCAUAUUAGCAUAUAAUAAUUGAUGUAAAUGGAUUUAUAUAAGGAUUAACAGAAGAAAUAUUUGAAUUAUUAUCUGAUUGCUAAACAAGUUAAGAACAUCUGAAUGAACUAAGAAAUUUAGUCUUUUCAUAGAAGCUGAAUAUAUUUUUGAUUAUCCCACAGUUCACUGAGAUCUUAGAAAACAUUAUCAAUCAAUAAGAAAAGAAGAUUCAAACUUCAAUCAAAAAUACUAAUUUAAACGAAUUAUAUUAUUAAUUAAAUGAUAUUGCAUUUCAAUCUGACAAAAUUUACAUAAAAAUUCCUUCACAUCUAACUAGCCUUGCACGGGAUUUCAACCACUCUAUUAGAGAUUUUAAAUGGUAAUUUAAUUCGAUAGACAAUUCCUCUCCUAUGUAAUAGAGUAGUGCUAAAGCAAACAAACCUAAGGAUGACUUAAAUAUUAUUUAAAUUUACUAAUAAUUUAAAUAAUUUCAUAUAAAAAAUAAAUCUAAAUGGGAAUACUUUAACUCAAAACAUUUACAAAUCUCAUAUAAGUUAGAAUAGAAGCAUCUUAGUUUAGUCGAGGAUGAACAAAAAAACCCUUUGUCUUCGAAGAUGUAUUAUGUGAUAACGCUAACUAUUUUAGAAAGUAAGCAAUUUUCUAAUUCUCCAACUUCACCUAAAAAAUUACCUCUAAUGAAAUACAUAAACUAAAAAAAAAUCUACCAGAAUACAAAUAGUAAUGAAUAGUAAUAUUUUCAAUCUGGAGAGAAAAUUUAAUUAGAUGAUUAAGCUUAAAGUAUAUAUAAAAAAGUUAGUGGAAAUAAUAGUCCCACUUUUGGAGAUGCCUAAUUUUAAGAAAAUUACCAAUAAAAGUACCUAAAUAAGGAAGAAGAGCAGCAUUUUUUCAAAAAUCAAAUAAAGGACUUAUCUAAUAAUAAUAAAUAAAUGCCUUUACAAAUUUAAAAGAAGCCAAUAUAAUUUAAUGAAAUAGAUGAAUAAAUAACAUUUAAUAAAAGCUUGAAUUUAGUCUAAAAAUAAUCUCUUAAUAAUAUGGCUGAUCAAGAAUUUAAAAGACAUGGUGAUUCAACAGAAUUUAGAGAUGAGAAAUAAAACCAUCAAAAUAAAAAUGAUAUUUCUUAUAGCAACUAAUUUACUAUUCAAAAAAUAAAUUUUAAUCAAGAUAUUAAUAAUUUAAUACUCAGUUAAAACUAAUUGACUAUCCUAUCUCCCUUAAGUAACUAGUAGAGUUCUCUAAAUUUAGUUUAAUAAUAACCUCAAUUAAACUUUCAUAAUUUUUUAGUAGAAACUGAUAGAAUUAAAGAUUAGCAAUUAACUAAUAGAAAUGAUUUAAAUGAGUUCAAAAAAUUGCUUUAGGAAGAAACAACUUUUUAAAAUAAAGAAAAUCCUGAGAAAAUAAAUUCAUAAAUCUUUCAAUUAUCUGAGCCAAAUUUGUAAAAAAAUAUAGAAGAUGUUGAAAAAAAUAAUAUUAUCCCUAAUCAAAAAAUUAGUAGAUUGUAAAAGUAAAAGACUAUCCUCUUUCAGAAAAUGAAUUUGAUCAAUCUAUAUAAAAGAAACUCAAAAAAGGUAUCCGAUGAAAGUAGUAAAGAUGUUAAUACCUAAAACAGGCAUUCAGAUGUUAAUAAUAAUUUAGAAAAUUAAAAUAAUGGAAAAGCUUCUCUCUCUUCUUACCAGUCAUCCUAAAAAGGUUUUGAUAACGGUAUUUUGCAAGUAAUUGUUUAAAAGCGAAACCCUACAAUUCUUAGACAUUUUUAUCUCAUCCUUGAUAUUAGGUUUUUUCUAUUUAUAAUGACUAUAAUAUUAAUUUCUAUUGUUACUAUCAACCAAAUAAAUUCUAUUUAAAAAUUGAUUGGAGAUCCUCUUUAAGUAGGGUAGUUAUUUUAUUAUUACACAAAUUUGAACUUAUACACCUUGAAGAUGUACGAAAUGAACCUUAACAUACUAGAUAAUUACGUUAUAAAUGAAUAUUACGAUAAUCUUUCUACUAGUUUAAAAACACUGGCUGAUAAUUAUUAAAAUAGUUAGUCAUAAUCUUUUAAUGUUCUAAAUAAUAUAAGAAGCUAAUAGAAUAAUCCCACAGUAGAUACUAUGGUUUUUAGUUUAGGUAAACCCUUCACAAAAAGAAUAUCAAUAGUAGAAUUCUUUUUUAAGAUUCUGAAUGGUGUGCUGUAAAUUUAAGAAAAUCCAAAUAAUUUCAAUCCUAUUUAUUUAUAUCAAAUAAAUGCAAAUUACUUCGAAUACAGUGCUAUGAUAGACAGCUUCAUGAAAACUUUAUUCGAUAGUAUGAAUGAUUAAAGCUUCUUACUAAAUAGAGAGUAUGUUAUUUUUGGCAGUAUAAUUUUAGGGUAUUUACUAUUAAUUCUAAUAUUUGGUAUAAUAAUUAUGAAUAAGAUAAGUAACUACAAUGAAAAAAUUUUAUUGCUUGUGAGUAGACUGACUGUGGCUGAUAUCGAUAAAGAAGUAGGAAUGUUGCAAUUAUGCAAAAGUAUAUUUAGCAAUUAGCAAAAUACAUGGAAAUAGGUAAACUUUUCAAAUAUAAUCUCACUUUCCACAGAUGAUACUUAAAAGAAUUCUCAUGAUUUCAAUUAACUUGAUCAUGAAUUUGCUAACAAUUUUAGCAGCUAAAAUUUUACUCAUCAUGAAAUUUUUAAUUCCAAUCAUUAAAAUAAUAUAAAAUCUAAGUUAUGUAAUUAAAAUGUCGAUUUGAAUGUACAUUAAAAUAACCAUUUAUAAAAUUUGGUGGAUAACACACCGAAGAGAGAGAUUUUACCAACAAAAGCAACUUAAAGUUCUGAGAGAAACUAUAAAACAAGAUAAAAAAAUUAAAGUGAAAUAAGUAAAUUUAAGUCUACAUCUUCAAAUAUCUCUUCUCAAAUAUAAGGAACAAAGUUAAAAGAUUGGCCUAGUUUUUUAUUCUUUAUCUUUAUUUUGUUGGUAAGUGGGAUUUUCUUUUUUGUUAUAUUGAUAUUAGCUUACACAAUAAGCAUUUAGCUACAGCCUAGUGUAGAUUUUAUGAAAAAUACUUCUCAAUUUUAUACUUUAAUGAAUAAGCAGGUCUUCAUGAGUGAAUACAUUGCUGCAAUUCCAAUAAUGAAUAUUAUAGAUCCAAAUUAUCCAGCUAAUUAUAAUCAAACAUAGAUUUCUGAUUAUGAAGCUAAUAUUUAAAAUUUAUCUGAUAUUAUGAAUAAAAUUUUAUAGGAUAUAAACAAUUUAAAAUCAGUCUCUUCAUUUAGUGUAUAACAAUUUAACGAUCUCUUCAGUUAAGAUGCUUGUUCGUUCUUACAAAAUGAAAAUAUUUGUGAUGAUAAUAGCUCUGAUUUAACUUAAAGUUAAUAAUUUUUAAGAAGUGCAGUUUCUCAUGGAAUAUCUAGCAUAGUCACUAGCUACUAAAAUUUAUUUAAAAAUGUCAAUUAUAUAAUUUAAUUAAAAGACUUAGAAUAACAGUUUAGCUAAAUGAAGGACUAUUUAAAUAAUUAACUUUCCGUUGGUUAGAUUUUUAAUGCCUUUUCAUCGCCGAUAAAAUUAGUUGAUUAAUUAUUUUAAUAGGCUAAUCAUUAUUGUUAGAGUUUAAUAAACGAUAAUAAAAAUUUAGUUAUCAUUUAUUAUUCAACAAUAGGCUCUGUUUUAAUUUGUUUAUAGCUAAUCAUUGAUCUCAUUUUGAGAAAUUCAAUGAGAAAAAAACUCAGAAAAAUAAAUUUAGCUCUGUCUUUCAUCCCUAUUUCUAUUGCUCAAGAAGAUAUAACAAUACAAUUACUUAAAUCGAUAUCAAAGAUGUGA